UCCCCAUUUAGAUUUUACCUCCAAAUGAGUGACGUUUUUUCCCCCAUUUGAAGACUGCAACCCUCGGACAAUUCUGAUAUGGCAGGUGUAACAGUGAGUUAGCAAGAUAUCUCUCUGAUACUUGUAUUUGUAUGUCUGUUUGAUAGAGUCAGAAAGAGAUUUGACAGGGUUUUCAUUGUGUACCAGAGUAAUUCAACUCGAGAUAGAAUGAACUCCCUCUCCGUCUAUGUCAUACUGGGUCUAACAACAUUGAUGAUCCAGACUACAGACUCUAAAAGGUCUCCCAAUAUCAGAGUGGUUCUGUCUGUUUGGCCCCCAGGAUCAACCAUCUACUUAAGGGAAUCUGUGGCCCUGAGAUGCAGUGUGGAAGCAGGUGCUAACUAUUCUUGGACCUAUCACUGGUUCAGACACACAUCUCACAAACUUGUGACCCCAAACGCUAGACACAUGAUCAGCGGUGACAGUUACUCCAUCACUGGGGUUGCCAAGGCUGACGGUGGUAGCUACUGGUGCCAGGCUGAGCGGAAUGGCUCAACCACACCCUUACUCAGUGACCCCGCCCACUUGACUGUGUCAGAGCUGACUCCACCCUCUUUGGCAGUGAUCCCCAACAGCCUACAGCACUUCCAAGGGGAGCACUUCUCUCUCCAGUGCCCUGCUGUGUCUGAGAGCAACUCCACAGAGAGUAACUCCACAGACUGGACAUUGUGGCAGCUCACUGACUUUGGAGUUAGGUCUGGGUGUCAGACACUAGAGGGCACUGUCAGGAAGGAGGUUCCUGGAGCGUGCAGCCUCUCCUCUCUAUACAGUGGGUUGUACUGGUGUGAGAGCAGCAAAUGGCGCAGCAACACGGUCAAGAUCACAGUCAGCUAUGGUUCCAUGAUCAUUGUUGGCCCUGCUCACCCUGUCACAGAGGGAGAUCAGGUGACUCUGCAUUGCCGGUACUGGUUCCACAAACCUAACCUGACCACCUUCUACAAAGACGGAGUAGAGGUUGUUCUGAACGUCACAGAGAUGACCAUUGACAAUGUGAACGGUGCAGACGAGGGCUUCUACAAGUGUGCUGAACCUGAGGAGAAGUUGGAGAGCCCAGGGAGUUGGCUGUCUGUGAGAAGGAACUCCACCUCAGAAGAAAGAAAGACAUUGUCCUCUGAAGGUACCUUGAUAUGGGUGUUGCUGUUCUGUUGCAUUGUGGUUAUCCUGUUGCUUAUUCCUGUUGUUAUGUUACUGGUUCGUCACUACAGGUUGCAUAUGUGGUGCACCCGCAGCUGUUUCUCCUCCAAAGAAGGGCCACCCCCAGGAGAGGCACCCCAGACCAAGCAGGAUGUGACUGAGGUACAGUGGGAUCUGGGCUGGAUGGAGAUGGCCAACCUGUUGGACAAGCAGCAGUACCCUGCCACUGCCAGCUAAACUCUACCACUCAAACCAGAGACUAGUGUGCUUAACACUGUACAGAACAUACCAGAGGAGGCUGGUGGGAGAAGCUAUAGGAGAACAGGCUCAUUGUAAUGGCAUAAGUUAAAUAAAUGGAACGGAGUCACACGUGGUUUCCAUAUGUUUGAUGUGUUUGAUACUGUUCCAUUUAUUCCAUUCCAGCCAUUACAAUGAGCCUGUCCUCCUAUAGCUCCUCCCACAAGCCUCCUCUGGUACAAACAUAUUAAUUAUCCUUUGUAUCUGUUUCUCACUGCUUCUGUUUCUGUUUCUCACAAGAGUUUUUCUUUUAUCUGGUCAAAUUAAGAAAUAAAGAGGAUGUACAGUAUGAGUUAAAAAACUAUUGUGUACAAGCACAAUAUUUCCAUAUGUAUCAUUAAAGUCACUCCAUCUUCAUGUUACACCUGUUGGUGAACUACUAAUGAGUAUCAGAAAUGCUGUUUCUGUACAGUAAAUCCCUUCCAUUUACUGUAAGGUACCUCUCUACUUAUGAAUAGGCUUUCACUUGGCUGCUUGAGAAUUUGAAAAUAGAAACAGGUGUGAAAUAGUAAUCUUACUGCAGAAAAAAACAUUUUCUAUUUAAUGUGAAAUUUGAGGCUUACUGGGAGAAAAUCCAUUUUCACAGAUAUCUGCACAGCUCUAGUGUAACAGUAUAACUUUAGACCGUCCCCUCGCGCGAACCAGGGAGCAUCUGCACACAUCAACAACAGUCACCCACAAAGCAUCGUUACCCAUCGCUCCACAAAAGCCGUGGCCCUUGCAGAGCAAGGGGAACCACUACUUUAAGGUCUCAGAGCAAGUGAUGUCACCGAUUGAAACGCUAUUUAGCGGUCACUACUGUUAAAACAGAAGAGUGAUUGCAA